AUGGCGCCCCAAGACACAUUCUUCGACGAGGAGGAAGAUACCUGCCCGCUAUGCAUCGAGGAGUUCGACCUGUCAGAUCGGAAUUUCCGACCGUGCCCAUGCGGCUACCAGGUGUGCCAGUUUUGCUUCAACAACAUCAAGAACAACAUGAACGGCCUGUGUCCCGCUUGCCGCAGACCUUACGAUGAGAAGACGAUAGAGUGGAAGGUCGUCACUCAAGAAGAGGUCGCCCAGUUCAGAGCCAACAUCCAAAAGAAUCAGAAGAAGCGAGCUCAAGAACAAAGACAGAAGGAGGUUCAAAAACGCGAGGCCGAAAAGGAGAACCGCAAGAACCUCGUCGGCGUGCGGGUCGUUCAGAAGAACCUGGUUUACGUGACCGGUCUGACACCUACAGUGCGAGAGGACGAGCUGCUCAAGACGCUGCGCAAGCCCGAAUUCUUUGGCCAGUACGGCAACAUUCAGAAGAUUUCGAUCAGCAACCGAAAGAGCCAGGACGGCCAAAACCAAUCACUCGGCAUUUACGUGACGUUCGAGAAGAAGGAGGACGCACAACGGUGCAUCCAGGCCGUCAACGGAUCCCAGAACGGCGACCGUGUGCUUAGAGCUCAGCUCGGUACGACCAAGUACUGCUCCGCCUGGCUGCGACACGAGCAGUGCACAAACAGACAAUGCAUGUUCCUGCACGAGCUCGGCGACGAGGAGGACAGCUACACUCGGCAGGACCUAUCAUCGAUGAACAGCAUCAGCUCGCAAACGCAGCGGCCCCUGGCUAGUGGAUCAUCAAACAGCGGUGGAAACAGCGGUGGCGGCCCCUCGCGGUCUGCUUCUCGACAGCAAAACACCCCCGCUCCCACCAUGUCGCAACCCAUGGCACGCUCGUCGAGUAAAGAGGGAUCCGAAAACGGCGGUGAUGGCUCGGCGCUUCCCUCGUCGGCUAACUGGGCCAGGAAUCCUCAGCGCAGUCGCAGAGGAAGCCACGCCACGAGCGGUGCCGCCUCUAGUCCCGCCAUCUCGACAUCGCUCCCCGCAACCGCCGAGGCAGUACCGGAGGCCAUUGAUGAGACGCCGUCAAGAAAGGAGACCCCCGCACCCCCGACUGAGAGCAAGGCACCAAUGGUGGCGCCCAAGGCUGAGAUUAAGAAGCCAAACAGCCUUCCCGAGACGGUGCUCAAGACGCUCCUCAUGGCCAUGCAAGGAUGCCCGUUCACCUAUCACGCCCCCGACACGAAUUCGCUCGAGACGAUUUACCCGCCCAUGUUCGAUCUCCGUGGUGGCGAGAAGCGCCGAGCGAUGCGCGAGGAGGAGGAGUCACGCCUUGGUGUCGAGGAGCAGCAGAGCGAGGCACAGGAGCCUUCUGAGGGUGAGCCUGAGACCGGCGGUAGCCUCGCCCUCGGCGGCGAGCCCGAAGACCGUGACGUCAGCAGAGAGGCGGCGUUUGAGCAGCGCAGACCCGGUACGCAGCCUCCGAUUCAGCGCACCAACACCGACGGCCUGUUUGGCCCGGCGCUCGGCUCGGCUUUCGGCCAGGCCUCUGUCACUUCUGGUUCUGUUGCCGGCAGCCGUUCCAUGACCCCCCAGCAGCAGCUCUUCAUCCGCUCCCAGAACGGCUUUGGCGAUCACCUGCCGCCUGGUAUCGCCACCGUACAGCCUUCGGUGCAGCAGCAGCAACAGCAGCAGCAGCAAGGAGGCAACGGCCACAACAGACAGGGAUCGAGGUUCAGCUUUGCUAACGACAGCGCGGGCACGUCCGCUUCGGUCAAGGUGGCCGCCAACCCUCGCAUCAUGGCGCAGCAGACGGCCAUGAUGCCUUCGACAUUCCCAACGCAGCCCGGCAGCCAGUACUAUGCGUCGUCCAUGCCCGGCCCUCCUCCGGGCCUCAAGUCGACGGGCACUCCGCCAAGCAUGUUUGGACAGGGCCACUCGUUCGGUGGCAGCUUCAAUCAGUCCAAGGAUUCUGCCGAGCUUCUUCAGACGUUGAUCCGGGGCCGAGGAGCCAAUGGUCAGGGCCAUGAUGCUGCUCCUGCUUCGGGCCUCCUGGCGUCGCUCUACGGUAACCAGCCUGGAGCAUUCCAAGACUUCGGUCCCAAGCAGAAGAAGAAGGGGAAGAAGCACAGACAUGCUAACACUUCCUCCUCUGGGGGAGGUGGCCUAGUUGAUCUUGCGGACCCGAGUAUCCUGCAAGCGAGAAUGCAACACCAGUCGCAGAGCAACGCCGGAGUCGGACAGGGACUGUUCGGUGGUCAGAGCCAAGAUGACGAGCUGCUUUCACUCGACGAAGCCACCUUUUCGGUUGAUGCGUUGGUGUCUGAUGACCCCAUGCCACCUUAUGGAGGGCUCUCAAGGCCCACGGUACCGACGCCUCCAGGUCUCGGGACUCCCGCAAGGUUGGCGUCGCCGGCGCCACGCCAGGCACCGAUUCCUGCCGUUCCUCUUACGCCGGGCGCUCCGACCGCUCCCAAGGCCACGCCCACGAUGGCCAACGUCGUUCGGGCAGCCACACCCGACGUCAAGCCUCGCAAGAAUGCCCCUGGCUCAGAGGCCAAGAAGAACAUCAAGGCUCUGGCCGUUGAGAGUGGGCUGUCAAAGGAUAUCGCCUCUCAGGGUUCCCCGUCCAAGGGCAAGACUCUUCUCCAGGAGGAAGACUUUCCCGCUCUGGAUGCCAUCAAGGCGAGCGCUGCUAAGGCCAACGCUCAACGACCCGGCACGCCGGCCAAGUCUGUCGUCUCGACGCCGAAGAUCGCCCCAGCGAGCAUCAAGAAGCCCCACGCAGAGCCUCCCGCGCCUGCUGCAGAGCCUCCCACCCCGACGCCCAAGGCGGCAGAGAAGAAGCCAGUGCCGGGCAUCUUGAACAUUGCCGCCGCCACAAAGGUUGCCCAGACCAAGCCCGCAGAGUCUGCAAAGUCUGCAUCGACGGAGCAAGACUCGGCUGCAUUCCCAGCCCUGCCAACCCCCACAACAGCCGUCGCUUCGCCCAUCACGAGAACCGCACCCAAGACGUUGCGGGUCGUUCCUACACCCAAGACCGAAGUUCCGCCUCCGCUGGUUUCAGGUGCCAUCUCCGCCGCCGCCAGAGCCGUUUCCACCGCCUCUGGUCGACCUGGAACCCCUGCGAGCGAGGCCAUCAGUGACAGCGCGUCCAUCGUGUCCACGUCCGUCUCUGUAUCUCGAACCAGCUCGCCCCCUCCGUCCAGAGUCGGUGCUGCUCCUGUGCGCACAGCUACAAAAAGCCAACAGCGCAAACAACGCAAGGAGGCUCACAAGGAGCAGUCCGCGGCCGUCGCCGAGGCGGCGAAGCAGGCGGAGCCAGAGGAGAUUGCGCCCAUUCUCGGCCGCAAGAAGAAGCAGAAGAAGGAGAAGCCGGUCAACACGACUGCUGCCGCCAAGAAGGCUGCGGAGCGUGCUGCCCAACCCCCGGCGCCCCCCAAGAAGGAGGAGCCUCCCGUCCCCAAGCCUCCCAUCGAGCGGACGGUCGUCGACCUGCCUCCUCCCAAGGGCAAGGCCGCCAAAGCCGCCCUCAAGAUUGCCAAGGCUGCAGAGGAGAAGGGCAAGGCCAAGGAAGCUGCUGCUGUUGCUGCUGCCUCUCCAGUUACACCUCCUGCUACUGCCGCGCCAGAGGAGUCCCAGGACAUGGCUGAGAACCCCAAGACCAUCCCCGAGGUUGUCUAUGACGACCUUGUCAGCAGCGGUGAAGCUCCUCCUGAGGAGGUUCUCAGUUUGCUGAGACCCUUUAUUGAGCAGAACAUCCGUCUCGACCGCGCGCACGCUGCCCAAGGAACCAACCCGCCUCCUUCCACUACAACAAAGGGUAUUGUGAACGACGCAGACCACGCCGUGCUCCUGUCCGGGCAGCCGGUGCGCAAGGUGAUUGAGGGUCAACGCGUGCUCAUCACCCCCAAUGGUGACUGUGUCCGCAACCUGACCGAAGAAGAGGAGGAGAAGUACCUCGAGCUCCAGAAGAGCAUUGCUGAGACCAGCGACCAGCCUGACAGCUUCGUCGCGCCCCGCCACCAGACUCGCCCUGGCGGCUUCUCCCUCAUCAAGGGUCGCGCGGUGCCCAACGGAGCGCCGUCCUACUUCCCCCCUCCCCCCACCUCCCACAAGAUGUUCUCUGACGACCCCGUGAACAAGAUCCAGCGCGAGGAAGCCAUCAGCUACAUCAACCAAUACGUCCUGCCUCGCCUCAACCUCGGCAACACCAACCUGUUCCCCGGCAGCUGGAAGUCGGCCCCGGGUGCCAAGGACGCUCUCUCUGCGCGCGAGACCGCCGCCCAGAGCCUCAACUCGCUGGCCCCUUACAUUUACGGACACGACGCUGCCGCCGGCGCGGGCAUCUACUCUGCUGAGAGUGGCGGUUCCGGCAAGGACAUCCCCGAGGACGAGACGCCGUUCGGAGGCCUCGAAUCCCCGCACCACGCCGUCGCCCCCAUGCCCAACAUCUCCGUGUCCGCUGCCUCCGCGUCUGCCGCCGCCGCCGCUGCCGCGCAGGCCCACGCCCAGCACAGCUCUCACCCCAAGCUCCCCGGCACCCCCCUCAACAGCAUGACUCUCAUGAGCGUCGAGGAUGCCGAGGCCGCCCUCGCCCUGGCGCGCAAGGAGACCGAAAAGCUGGAGAAGAAUCUCAACCAGGCCAUCAAGCGCAACCGCAGAAUUCUGCUCGGAAGCAGAUGA